UGCAUUCAGAUCGCGCUUCCCACGAUGACCUCGUCAUAUCAGCUCUUGAACUGCCGGAGCCUGGACAGCCUACGUUUGUCACCGCGACGCCGGAUGAUAUCGAGGGACGCCGAACGCUGCUGGACGCCGGAAUCUCACAUCAUAUGGAGAACGAGACUUAAGUCAAGAACCUUCGAACACUGAUCCUCAAGUUCAUUCAAUCCAGGCUAAGGCUCGAUGCAGUGAAGCUAGCUGCUCGAAAUGUCCAAGAAUGGACAGAAGAAAAAGCAAAAAGGGGACCAUCCGUACCUCGCCGGCAACUUCGCGCCAGCAACAACAACAUGCCCUCCCAAGCCCGUCAAGUUCUCCGGAGUCAUUCCCAAAGAACUGCAUGGCGGUAUGUACGUCAGGAACGGGGGCAACCCCAUCUCCAAUUCAGAUCUCGGCCGGGAGGUGCAUUGGUUCGACGGUGACGGGAUGCUCACCGGCGUGUGGUUUGACCGCUCCUCGCCACAGUUUGUCAACCAGUUCGUCCUAACCGAUCUGUGCCUGUCGAGCUUCGAGAAUGAACAGUUACGGACACCCAUUCUACCAAGUAUAGCGACGCUCGUCAGCCCAUUUUCAAGCCUGGUCGCAAUCAUCUGGAGCAUUCUAAGGGCCUCUAUGCUUGUGCUAUUGUCUCAUCUUCCCGGUUCGCAGUACGCUAUCAAGAGAAUAAGUGUAGCAAAUACCGGAUUUCUCUACCACGAUGGACGCGCGUUGGCCACUUGUGAGAGCGGGCCCCCAAUUCGCGUUCAAUUGCCCGGACUAGAGACCGUCGGCUGGUUCGAUGGGAACAGAGCUGAGGGAGAACCAGUUUCAAUUGAGCAAAGCGAUGCCGGACCUGGAUUUGGUGGGACCGGUCUCAAUAGCUGGAUGCGAGAAUGGACUACCGGCCAUCCGAAAGUUGACCCUACCACGGGGGAAAUGAUGCUCUUCCACUGCAAUUUCCUGCCGCCUUUCGUGCACUACUCAGUCAUUCCCAGGCAGAAGGCCGUUUCAAACGUGCUUGGUCCGGAACCUCGAAAGUUGAUAAACGUCCCGGUCCCGAAAUGCUCCGGUGGUAAGAUGAUGCACGACUUUGGCGCUUCCAAGCACCACACAGUGAUCCUAGAUCUCCCACUCAGCCUUUCGCCGUUCAACCUCCUGAAGAACCAACCAGUCGUCGCGUAUGAGCCCAAAAAACCUUCCCGCUUUGGCGUAUUCCCUCGCCGGGACCCAAGCGCGGUACGGUGGUUCGAGACGAACGGGUGCUGUAUAUUCCACACAGCGAACACGUGGGAUGAGUACGACUCCGACAACAACAUCUCCGCCGUCGGCAUGCUGGCUUGCCGUCUGACAUCCGCAUCGCUAGUCUUCAGUGCCGGAAACAUCACGCCGCCACCUCAUCCCAGCAAAAUGGAAAACGGGGAACGAAGGCCAAUGUCGUUCUUUGCCAAAUACGACGAAGACGACCAAUUCAUAGAUCCCGAGAACAUCCCCCCGGAUGAGAAAACCGCACUCCUCAAGACCGACAGUCUCUGUUCAAGAAACAGUCCUCCAUCCCCGCCCAUCUCAGAAGAUGACCACGAACAAUGCCGCCUCUACCACUACCGCUUCCCAUUGUCCCCCGAGACAUGCAACACCAUCACCGACCAAUACGCCCUCUCACCCAUCCCCUUCGAGUUCCCCACCGUCGCCCCCGCGCACGACAUGUCCUUCGCACGCUACGUCUACGGGUGCAGCACCUCGAACGCCUCGUUCGGCGCCGCCCUAGGAAAGGCCACAAAAAUAGACGUCAUCGUGAAGAUGGACGUCCACAUUCUGCUCGCCCGCGCGCGGAACAACCCGCCACAAAACAUCACAGGCUGUGUGGACUCGCGGUCCAUCCAGGCCAUCCUCUCCUCACGGGACCCGGCGGAUCCCAUCCAGGCCUUCAAACUUCCGCCCUGGCACUACGCCCAGGAAGCGCGCUUUGUCGCUCGGCAACCCCAGGCUAGCGAAGACGACGGCUACCUCCUCUUCUACGCCUUCGACGAGUCGCAGCUCGAUGAGCACGGGGAAUGCAGAGAGGACGCGAGGAGCGAGCUGUGGGUGCUGGAUGCGAGGGAUAUGCAGACUGUGGUGUGCAGGGUGCGUUUACCGACUAGAGUGCCGUAUGGCCUGCAUGGCAACUGGUUCAGCGAGGAGCAGAUUCGGAGUCAGCGAGCCGUGGAGAGCGUGAGGAAGAUGCCGGAGAGGCGGAACCGGACCGUUUGGGGGAAGGCUAGGGGUAUGAUCAUGAAGGCUUUGGGGUGAAGUUGCAUUUUUGGAGUUUAGCGUCUCGUUGGACUGGUGUUCGGGACUGGAUGGGCUGAAGGGCUGUGUAUGGAUUUGUUUGUUCCCCGUUCAUGAAAAUAAUUACAGCUUCUCCGAUGGAACUGCCUCCCAAGCAUAUUCUCGCGGUGUGGAAUUCUCUCGAUAUAACAACGCACGUAACAGCUAUCCCGGAGGCCUUUAGCCUUUACAGGUGCAUACAAUGAAUGGUACAUAGCUAGCUGCACG